UACAUGUUUUUAUGCUCCAGCCACUGCUUAAAUUUUUGGUCGUCCACUAUUCGAACAGCUUUGAUGAAACAUCAAUUAUUGCACAUUUUCUAGGAAAUUGAGGAACUAAGAGGAAGAACAAGGGAUUUCUUUUGUUCUGGAUUCACUCAGGAAAUAGAAGUGGCAAGUUUUUCACGAUCUGGACGUUGACAUCACGUACGGCCACGAUGACGACGGGUAUCAGUCAGGAGCUCGUUCCCCUUGAUAUGGGGAUCCUUGUCAUAUACUUUGUCUUCGUUCUAGCUGUGGGACUUGGUUCUAUGUUUAGAUCGAAUCGAGGCAGUGCAGAAGGUUAUUUUCUGGCUGGUGGUUCGAUGUUAUGGUUACCUGUUGGUGCGUCACUGUUUGCGAGUAACAUCGGAAGUGAGCACUUCGUCGGGUUAGCCGGCUCUGGUGCUGCGUCGGGCAUAGCUGUGGGAGCAUUUGAACUCAAUGCGCUCAUCAUUCUCCAAGUGUUAGGAUGGGUUUUUCUACCAGUCUAUCUCGCAAGUGGAAUCUUUACUCUACCAGAGUACAUGGAGAAACGGUUUGGAGGGAUUCGAAUCCGAAUGAUCAUAGCUACAAUCUCACUCAUUCUGUACAUCUUUACCAAGAUAUCUGUUGAUCUGUAUUCUGGAGCUUUGUUUAUUGAACAAGCAUUGGGGUGGAAUCUAUAUGUUGCCAUCGUUGUACUUCUGUGUAUCACUGCUCUCUAUACUGUAACGGGAGGGCUAGCAGCAGUCAUUUAUACUGAUACAUUACAAGCUUUCAUCAUGCUUGGAGGUGCACUAUGGCUGUGCAUAGCAAGUUUCAACGAGAUCGGUGGCUACUCGAACCUGGAGCCUUUAUACAGUGAAGCAGUUCCCAAUGAAACCAAGUAUGGUAAUGACACAUGUGGAGAACCUCGGGAUGAUUUCUUUCAUAUGUUCCGUGACCCUAUAGAUUCAGAUCUACCCUGGCCUGGGUUUAUCUUCGGUCAGACCACCGCUUCUCUCUGGUACUGGACUACUGACCAGGUGAUAGUACAACGAACCUUGGCAGCUAAGAAUCUAUCGCACGGUAAAGGAGCAACUAUCCUCGCGGGACUCUUUAAGAUUACACCUCUAUUCUUUAUUGUGAUGCCCGGAAUGAUCUCCAGGAUUUUAUAUCCAGACAUAGUCGCGUGUGUAGAUAACUGCGAGGAGAUUUGUGGAUCUAAAGAUGGUUGCUCUAAUCUGGCCUACCCUCUGAUGGUAAUGAACGUACUGCCUGAUGGUGUUCGUGGUUUAAUGUUAGCUGUCAUGUUAAGCGCCCUCAUGAGUUCACUGACGUCCAUCUUUAACAGUGGGUCAUCCAUCUUUACCAUGGAUAUAUGGCGCCACAUUAGAAAGUUCCCGGAUGAAAAGGAAAUGGUGAAACUGGACAAAAAGGCCAAAAGAAAAUACGAAGUCGAACUUAUGAUCGUUGGCAGAGUUUUCGUGCUAAUUCUGGUGGUCGUGAGUGUAUUAUGGGUUCCCGUUGUUCAAAAUAGUCAGAAUGGAAAACUGUUUGACUAUAUCCAGCAAAUAUCUGCAUAUCUAGCUCCCUCUAUCGCUGCAGUGUAUACAGUCGGUAUACUGUGGGAGCGCGUGAAUGAAACCGGAGCAUUCUGGGGGUUGAUGAGUGCAUUAGUAAUCGGAUUUAUUCGGAUGGUACUCGAUUUCGUCUAUCCGAAACCGGGAUGCGGUGAGCCGGAUGAGAGACCCGAAGCUGCUGCCGCUAUUCUCUUUCAUUACAUGUACUUUGCACUCUUUCUCUUCUGGUGGACUGUAAUAGUUAUUAUCAUCAUUAGUUUACUAACGCAACCCAUUCCAGAAGAUUACCUGUAUCGCUUAACGUUCUGGACACGAUUCAAUCGAGAGGAAAGGAAGAACAUCAGUGAUAUGAAGAGAAACGAGAUGUUAGAAGGAAAGAACAAUCCAAUGAAAGAAACUUAUAUCAUGGGCGAAGAGCAACCAAUCGAAGAAGAGAUCUCGCGGCCUGGUCCUAUGGAUGAAACUAAACUCUCAGUGACAAUGUCAGAGAAAAAGACAUCUCCUGAUGAUCAGCAUAUCAUGAGACAAGGUGAAGAACCGAUAAAGGUCGAGUCGCGUUGGAAACGUGCCUAUCAGUGGUUCUGUGGGUUUUCUACGAACGACGAGACGAUUUCGGAUGAGGAUAUCAAGAUAAGAGAGCAAGAGCAAAUGGAGAAGGUGGUCCAGACCAGGCGUGACGUCAUCAUUCUUGAUAUCGUAGCUGUGUGUGUGAUUGGUAUUGAUAUAUUUCUUUUCGCCUGGUAUGCUUGAACAUUAUCAGCAUGUAUAAAUAUAUUAUGCGGACUUCACAGCUUUAUUCAUAUUGUUAUCGGUUACAACCACAAUUGUCUUGUACAUAUUAGCAUAAAGUGACAUUCUUUUGAUACAGUCCAUAACGAUACAUUUUGACUAUAUUUGGUAUUUUAUGUAGGAGUGGUAUUAAAGUACCAGCAUGAAUAAUUUCCAAUAUAUAAAGUAUCUUUAUUUAGAACAUUAAAGUAGAUCGUGUGUUAAUUUCUUUGGAAUUUUACAAUUUGAAUAUUUCUUGUUAUUUUGGAAAUAUGUCAAUGCAACAAAAUCAUAAUGCCCGACAAUGCAAUGAUCAUGCACCAAUAAAGUGUCUAAUGUGAUAAACAGUGGAAGGAGUUGAAAUUCAUCUGGGCAGUUCCUGUUACCUGCAUGUUGACCAAUAGUGUCUUUGUGUCUCGUAUG